GCUUCAGACCCCUUUGCCUUUCCUCAUGGCAUUACGAAAAAAACAUUUAUGUCACGAUGAUAGGAGCGUUGUUGUCAUGUCAGUUGUCACUCUUGUCGUCAGACUGAUUUUUUUAUUUACCUAUAUACCCUUGGUAUGGAUUGCUAUAAAGGUUGAAUGGAUUUUAUUGUGAACUUUAUCAAAAAUGCAAGACUUAUUGAGCGUUUAUUGUAAUAUUUGAUUAACACGACUUUAAUUUAUACUGAAUAACUACUACACAACUGAAAUAAUGAGUGUGAUAGUGAAGGACUUGUGUAGACUUUGUGCGAGUGUAAGAGAAGAGUUAUCGAAAGACUUGUUCGAUAGUAACAGUAAAAAUGUCUUGAAAUUGAUACAAGACUUAAUGCAAAUCACAAUUACAGAAAGUGACAGUUUGCCAACUAAAAUCUGUUUGAAUUGUGAAGAGAGGAUCGUUUCUUUUCAAUUAUUUAUUCUAGAAUGCUAUAAGGUGCAAGAUAAUUUCAACAAAAUUUGUUCACAAAAUUUACCUGUUAAGAUUGAAGAUGAAGUUAUUAAUUUUGGGGACUCAGAUAUAAAAUCGGAGAUAAAAGUUGAGUUGAAUGCUGAUGAAAUAGUAUUGUGCUCAAUCAAUAAUGAAGAAUAUGAAAAUACAUCCUUUGAAAAUUUUGAUGAUCAUCACUUAGAUGCUGGAAGUUCUGAAGAUGAUGAUGAUGAUGGAGAUGAUGUUACUCUUGCUGAACUUAAAAAGGAGAAAGUAGAAAAUCUCAAUGAACUUCUAAUGAAACCUCAUUUGAAAAUAAGAGAUUUUGUGAAUAUGCAUUGUGACUUAUGUAGUUUAAAAACAAAAUCUUGGGAGACAUUACAAGACCACUAUUCAGAAAUACAUCAGUCCGAAGUUUCUGUCAGUUGUGUUUGUGGAUUUAAAAUACAAUCCAAAAAUGUGAUGUAUAAACAUGUGCUUGAACAUAAAAUUCAAAGUGAGAAAUUGAUAAAUAAAUCCAAAGAAGAAUAUGAUCAUAAAAAUGAUCAGAAUUGUGGGGAUCUCAAAGCAAAACAUUUUGUUCAGCUCCAGUGUCAUAAAUGUGGAGAAAAAACAAAAACAUGGGCAACAUUGGAAGAUCAUUACACAUUUAUUCAUCAGAGUAAAUUGAUUGUCAAUUGUUUACUGUGUGGCUUUAGUAUAAGAAAUAGAAGCAUGCUGUACAAACAUGUUUUGGAACAUAAAAUGGGAAAUGAAAAAAAAGUUAAUAAGGGUCGUGAAAAACAGGCGAAAACUAGAACAGAUAUUGACUAUUGUAAACUCAAAGUUAAAGAUUUUAUAGACUUUUCAUGUCACAUUUGCAACGCAAAGUUUUCAAGUUGGUACAGUUUAAAGAGUCAUACUCAAAUCAAUCAUAAGACACAACCAAAGGUCCGAUGUUUAUGUGGUGUGAAUCUUACAUCAAAAACAGUUUUGUACAAACAUGUACAAGAUCAUAAAAAUCCGAAUUCUUUCUGUUGUGAUCAAUGUCCAAAAAUAACAAAAACUCUAGGGGCGCUGGAGAAACACAAAUUGAUGCACGUACCGAAGGCCGACCGGAAGUUCCAAUGUAGUUCUUGUGACAAAAUUUUUAAUUCAAGAGAAAGUUUAAAAUCUCACGAGCGGUCUCAUAUACCUAUAGAAGAAAGAAAAGUAUAUCACUGUGACAUGUGUGACAUGAAAUUCACGACCCCGUCGUCGCGUGCAUCUCACAAGCGCGUUGUGCACGAAAAGAUCAAAAGCUAUGUAUGCGACCAGUGCGGUUACGCGUGCGGCACCAACGGCGAGCUGCACCAGCACCGCGCCAUACACAGCGACGACAAGCCGUUCGUCUGCAAGAAGUGCUACAAAUCAUUCAAGACCCACUCGAAUCUGUCUACGCACAUGGACACGCACGAAGGGACAUCGUACACGUGCGGCGUGUGCAGUCGCGUGUUGAACAGCCGGCGUACACUGCGCAAACAUCUGCUGGUACAUGAAGAGCGAUGCAGACACAUCUGCGAUUACUGCAACAAGGCCUUCAAGAGGAGGCAGACUCUCAAGGUGCACCUUUACACGCACACGGGAGACAAGCCGCUGACGUGCAAGUGGUGCGACGAGCGGUUCGCGUACGCGUCCACGCUGCGCUCGCACCGCAUGCGCUGCCAUCCGGACAAGAUGCCGCAGACGCAGCACCAGCAGACCUACCGCCAGUACUCGCAUCUGCCACCAGAGGAAUACAUCAAGAGCGAUUUAGCAGCGAUUGGAUUAGAUAAGGAUCAAACGGAGACUAUGUAAACUAAAUAAAAAAAUUAAGAAAACCCGACUCCGAAGUUGUUGGCAUCUUCUCAUCUGCUAGAAAAAGAGCUGACAGUUUCCAAAGCACUGAAUAAACCUUUUCCGAGCUAGCUCUUAGCUAAAAACAUUCUCAAUUAAAUUAUCUUUAAAAUAAAAUAAAACUUGAAGCAAAUCGGUUCAGGUACAUAUACACAGAUACGUUAAUCUUAUAACUCCUCCCUUCUUCUGUCGUCGGGAAACUAAAAUAACCUAAAAUAGUCUAAAAUAGUAAAUACAUUUAUCAUCACAUCGACGCGUCAUUGCGUACGUAUUGCACUGUUAUAUAAUUAGUAUAUUACAUUAGUAUACAUUUUCUCAAAUAAAUAUGAUCAGUAUUAAA